UAAUCUCAUUUCAUCUCUUUCACUUCCUCGAGCCUCACUCUCGAUUUUCACUUCCGACGACUGAAUCUUGUCUUCCUCGUCUGAUUAUCAGUGAUUCUUCCUUGUUCGUCCUCCGAUUUGGUAUAAGAUGUCGGAAACUAAAGACAACAACGAUGCUUUUUUGGGUGAGGAAGCUGAUGGUACUACUGCUACAGAAUCUUCUGCGGGAAGGAGAAGAAGACCCACGACAGAGAGAUCAAGCAGUGAUGUUCCAAAGCCGAAGAAAGCAAAGAAAAAGCAAGCGCAUAGAGGUGAAGUUUGGCAGCAUUAUAUUGAGAAGGAAGAUCUUGUAGGUGUAGCUAGGUGUCGGUAUUGUUCCCAACAGAUUGGCUGUGAUACUAAGUUACAUGGGACAAGUUCCAUGAAGAGUCAUCUGCUAAGAUGCAAGUUUUUCAAGGCACAUCAAGAUCUUGGUACUCAGAAGGUGUUGGCUGGUGAUAUGAGGGGUGCAAUCACUACAGUUCCUUAUGAUAAAGCGCUUUUUAGGAGGUCAGUGAAUGAGUUGCUUGUUUUGUGUGAGUUACCAUUUGCAUUUGUGGAGUCUGAAGGAUUUAGGAGAUUCUGUGCAAAUAUGCUUCCAUUGUACACGGUUCACUGUAGGAGGACAGCAACUGAAGACGUCUUUAAGAUGUUUCUUAGUGAAACAGCUAAAUUGAAGAGUCUGUUUAGCUGUGAACAGCAGAGAGUGUCUUUGACGACUGAUAUUUGGGUUGCUCCUACAACUGCUUGCAGCUACAUGGUGAUCACUGCUCAUUGGAUUGACAGGGGCUGGGAUUUGCAGAAAAGGAUUAUCUGGUUCAAGCCUGUGACAGAUCAUAAAGGAGACACCAUUGCUGAUCAUCUUAGAGCAUGUCUAGAGGAAUGGGGAAUUAAAAAGGUAUUCACUAUCACAGUAGAUAAUGCUAAAGGGAAUGACAAAGCAAUUAAGUUGUUCACAGAUGCUUGUAGGUCACUGGGGCCUAAUGCAUUAGUUAGAGACGGUUCAUUAAUCCAUAUGCGUUGCUGUGCACAUAUACUGAACUUGAUAGUCAGAGAUGGUCUAGCAAAGGUAAAUGAAAGCUUUGUAGCCAUUAGGAAUGCAAUUAGGUAUGUAAGAUCAUCAGGUGAUAGGUUGAAAUCAUUUAAGUUGAGGGUUGAGACAGGUAAGUGGGGUAGAGGAAGCUUGUCUUUAGACUGUGUCACAAGGUGGAACAGCACAUAUCUCAUGCUAACAAAUGCUUUGAAAUUUAGAGUUGCAUUUGAGAAGUUACUCGCAGAAGACAAGCUCUAUAAUGACUACUUCCAGGAAUCAGAAGAAGAGAAUGGAGAGAGUGGACCAGAGGGUGCAAAGAAAAGGGUUAGACCUCCUACUUCAAAAGGCUGGGAUGAUGUGCAAAGGUUAGUCAAGUUCUUAAAGAUCUUUUUCAACUGCACCUUGGCUUUUUCAGCCACUAAGACAGUUACUUCUACAAUCUGUUACCAUGAGAUAGUGCUUAUUGAAAGAAGUUUGAUUAAUUUGAGCAUCAAUGAUGAUCAAGAGUUGCGGCUUGAAGCAAUGGAUAUGAGGGCCAAACUUGAGAAGUAUUGGGAUGGACUGAUCAAUAUGAAUCCACUAGUGAUCAUUGCUAGUGUGUUUGAUCCUAGGAACAAGAUGCAGUUUGCUAAUAUCUGCUUUGACAAGCUUUAUGGGAAGGAUAGUUUGGAGAGUGACCAUCUGAAAAGCUCCAUUAAGAAGUUGAUGAAGAACUUGUUUGAAGAGUAUGUGCAGAGAUUAUGUAACAACUCUCAAGCUGAAAGUACAGGAAACAAGAGUGGAGAAGUCGAUGAUUUGGCACCGCUUUUUGAGGAGGAUGAUGAAUUAGAAAGUAGGGAUUCAUUGUAUGAUGAGAUGGUUACAGAGACAGUGAAUGAUGUAGCCACCAGUGAGCUUGACAUUUACUUGUUGGAAAAGGCUGUGCCAAGGCAAAAAAACAGAUUGGGUAUGGACUAUGAUGUCUUAUCAUGGUGGAGACGCAACAGCCAUAAGUUUCCAGUCUUGUCAGAAUUUGUGAAAGAUGUCCUUGCCAUUCAAGUGUCUUCUGUGGCUUCAGAGUCGGCAUUCAGUACAAGUGGAAGGAUUUUGGAUCCUUUCCGGAGUUGUCUUUCCCCUCACAUGGUUGAAUCUCUCAUUUGCACACAACAAUGGUUGAGGAAUAACAUUCAUCAAGAGAAGCUUGCAAAUUUGGUUCAAAUGCUAGAAGAAUUGGAUUUCCAUGAGUCCUUGGGAUCCAAAACAGUGGCUGAUGAUGCAGACUUGCCGCCGUGAUCACUUGAAGGGCUCUGUCUUUUUG